AAUCAAGCGAGUUUCAGUCAGUGGCCAGCCGUCGGUGAAGUGAGUAACUUGUUAACGUCUACUUAUCGCAUGUUUUGUGUAAGCAAGCGAAGAAUCACAAAAUUUGUUUAUCGCAUACCAACAGACGAAAAAUAAUAAGCAAACAAAGCGUUACAAACGAAAAAGUGGAGGAAGGGAAAAUGUUUGUGUGAAUUUCGCAGCCUUUUGGUUUUAAUAUUAUAUAAGUUAAAGCUUUUGAGUUAUGCAAAGCAGCUAAACCAGGCAAUUUGGCGUGUAAGCUGAAAAAUAGACCAAAUCGAAGAUAUACAAAAAUGAGUUCAAGGGCUAACCAGUUUCAAUGUGUUGACAAAUUUUAAUAACGCGAUAAAACAAACCAUAGAAAAGAAAACUACGGGUCUUACAAAAUGUCAGAUACUCAAAACAAUAAUGUCCUGCCCAGUGUUGGUAGAGAAAUUAACGAUAAUUUCUUGGAUUCAAACCCAUCUAAUAAUAAAAAACAUAAUAACAACAACGUUUGUAGUUUAAAUAAAAAAUCUACAACGAGUAUUUGUAGCAAUGAUGAAGUCAUCGAGGAUGGAUUCGACUAUAGCGAAACCGACCUGUUAAACGAGUUGAAUGCUAGCGACGAAAAUGACAGCGUCGACGCCGAAGUCGACGCUAACGUCGGUGAAAAAAAAGAGAACUGUCAAAAAAAUUGCAAUGAACUAAUAUCAGUCAUACACGUAACUGAGAAGGAGAAGAGAGAAGGAGAGGAAACAAAGAAUACCGGUACAACUUAUUUUAUUGAUACUGUAGACGAUACACAUUCUCAUGAUGUCGCAACAGUGUCGACCGUUGCUGCCUGCGUCGACAGUGAUUGUAAGCCAAUUGCGGCUACUGAUAAUGCGACAACCGCUGCAAGUGAUAAGCAUGAAGGCACACCGACUAGCUUAGAUUUGCGGAGCACGGAGGAGGCGAAUUUAAUAGUAGGUGAAGUUGACUCAUAUUGUACUAUUACACCACGACGAAUAGUUGAUGUAGAUGCUGAGGCCAACCAAGUAUUGAGACGCAGUUCAUCGACACACGCGGAAAGCAAUAGUGGUGCUGCUGGUAUUGGUGUUGGCGACAACAACUCUCAAAAUGAUGAAGGUUAUUAUUAUGCUGAUGAGCCUGAAGAUGAAUUGAUUGUUCAGUUCCUGGGAGAAGCCAAUCGUAUUGCUGAGGCCCGUUUGGCUGCUCGCCGACAAGCACGCGCUGAGGCACGGGAAAUACGAAUGCGAGAAUUGGAACGGCAACAAAAGGAACAGGAGCAGAAUGCGGACCGGGUAUUCGACAUGCACAAUGUAUCCGGCAUCGAUCCAUUGUCGCGAUCACGACUUGCCACCGGGGUAGGAAGCUCGCCUUUGGGUGCGGUGCUUAACAGCACACGCGCUAGCUCAAUGUCUUCACGGCGCAGCAGUGAGGAUUCAUUAGAAGAGGAAGGACGAAGCCUGCGAGAUAUACGACACGAACUCAAGGAUGUUGAAGAGAGAUUUCGAAAGGCAAUGAUAGCCAAUGCUCAGUUGGAUAAUGAACGUGCCUCACAAACGUAUCAAAUACAACUGUUGAAAGAUAAGUUGGAGGAAGUGGAAGAAACAUAUGCGCAACUUCAGCGGGAAUUCAAGGAGAAGUCCCGAGAUUGUAAUGCGUUGAAGAGAAAUUUGGAUAAAUUAAGUGAAGAGCUUAAACUGGUGCAAGGCCAACUCACUGAACGGGAUAAACUUAUCGCGGAUCAGGGUUUAGUUAUUGUGGCCAUAGAGAAUGAAGAUGGUACCGAUGCAAAACGUGCUCUAGUCAGUGUAGAGAAUGCUCAGCUGUUAGGUUCCGUGCAAGGUUCAUUGGAUGUGCGACUGAAAAAAUUCAGCGAGGAAAAACAGCAGCUUUCGGCGGAAGUGCAGACACUGCAGGAAACAUUAGAGAACUACAAGAGUCAAGGCAAGGGUCGGUCAAAUUCGCUGAACGGACCAUCUGGGUCCGAUGAAGACUACGAAGCACAAAGAGAGGCGAAUAAAAUAAUAUCAGAUUAUAAGUAUAAACUGCAGAAGGCUGAACAGGAAAUCGCCAGCUUACAGGCUAGUUUAGCUCGUUCAGAAACACAAGUCAUACGCUAUAAAAGCACAGCUGAAGCGGCUGAAAAAGCAGAAACUGAACUUAAAAUAGAGCGGAGAAAACUGCAAAGAGAGAAUCGUGAGGCCAUGGAACGUCUGGAGGAGCUGGAAACUUCAAAUAAUCACCUGCUGAAGCGGCUAGAUAAACUAAAGAAUGCUAAAAGCGCUUUACUCAAAGACCUUUGACCAAAGUCUAUACAUGCAACCGCGAUCAGAAACAAUUAUAGCAGAGAUAAAUGCAAGCAUAAUGGCGAAACCCCAAUUGGAUGCGAAAAUUGUGAACAAUGAAAAAGCAUAAAUAGGCUCACAUAGUGGCAUCAAAGCAUUGACAACAAACAACACGUUGAACCUUCUUCAGGAAAAACAAAAUCUGAGUAAUGAAGUGAGAGUGCUAAUGGCACAUUACUAGCUUAAUUGUUGCCAUUUGACAUUCCAGCAUGAAUAGUCAGAAAUUUCGUGUCGCCUAAAAUUACCAGCAUAAUCAGUUUAAUAUUUAUUAACAUAAAUACAUAUAUAAAUAAUAAAUACAUAGAUAAGGGCAGAAAGCAUAAAAAAACAUAUUCACAAUAUGUACACACAUACGUAUGUACAUAUAUGUAAAUACAGUGCAUAUAUUAAAAGCAUACUGUCAGUAGUUAAUAGAUAAUAACCCAACUAAAAUAUCAAAAAUGUUUAAGUUUGCAAAAAUUUAAUACUAACUAAUAUUGAAAAUGAUAAUUUAAAAGAAAACUAUUUACGAGUAAGUAUGGAAAAAAUCAUUGUAUUCCAUUAUGACAACAGAAACAUGACAAUUGAAAUUGUUCAUUUUAAAUGCCUGUCUAUAGAUAUUCGAAAUGGAUGAACUUACCCAACAGUGCACGUAAAUACAUAGGCAAACAAACGACACGCAGCUAUAAACCUUUAAACAUACAUUCAUACAUACUUAUGCCGGAAAUUUUAGAUCAUACACACACAUGUAUUCAUACAUAGGUGGAAAAUCGUCGUUUAAAUGGCCACAUUUAUGGUAAUUUAAACUUCAUAAGGACCAAAAAAUAUAAAAAAAUUAUGCUAAACAUCAAAAGCGCGAAUUGGGUAUAACCAAGCUUGUAAGUAAGAGACAUAUCGUUAGCUUAGAGUGAAAAGUUGCUAAAUCCACUUUUUAUGGAAACUCAUAUUUUGAAACAGGAGGCUAGAUAAAUUAAAAAUACGUCGUUUCGAAAAGGAUAAAGGUACUUGUUUUGUGUUUUCUCGUUUACAUUCAAUUAAAGGAAGGCCAAAAUAGUACGAAAUCUUUUAAUAAAGAUCGAAUCCCUCUGAUUCGUAUGGAGUUUUACUUUGCUUCAAACAGGCGAAAUGUUGUAUUCGUAGUUUUGCGAAAUGUUGUAUUCAUAGUUUUGCGAAAUACUUGAAGAAACUAGCUAUAAGAAGUUUUUUCCUCUCCUGUAAAAUUUUUAAAUUGGGACUUAUCAGGUUUUCACUCUAAGCUAGCGAUAUUUAUGUAUUUAUAGUACAUAGAUAUGCACGUAGUAUGUUUAUAUGGUUAAACCAUUUCACAAUUUUUCGGUUCGUUGUUAAUCACAUAAUAUUUUAAUGAUGACUGCACAACCUUUUUGAAUGUGGCAAAAUGUUUUUAAAUUUGGAAUUUCAAAAGCUUGUUUGGAGAAUUUUCAAGUUAUGAAUCCAUAUGUUACAUAUAAUCGGUGAUACUGCUUGUGCUUAAAUGAUUAUGUAACUAGAUGAACGCGUCUGCUAACAGAUAAUUCAUUUUUAUCACUCAAAGGUAGACAUUUUUUUAUAACAUAAAGCGAUUUUAAAGAGAAAAAGUAUUAAUUAUCAUAACACUUUUCGCAGUUUCACCGACGAUAUGGUCAUACAUACAUACAUAUGCAUAUACAUAGUACAUAUAUGUAUGUAUGUAAAAAAGCAAUUGUUAAAUAGCUUAACUUUCUGUUAGAAAUUGAAUGGCACACAUAAGUUACAAUUUUCUGAAGAACAUAGCUGCUAAUAUGUAGUUUCAAUUAGUAAUUGAUAGCAGUGGAACCGAACACAAUAUUUUUAAAUUGCGUGAGUAAUUUACGCUUUGUUUCAGAUAAUUACAUAAGUCAUGGCAAAAAGUAUUUUGAUAAAGAGAAUUUUUCACAUUAUAUGCAACAAUUUUUAUUUUGGUUUUUUCCGCUAAUUUUUAUAAAAACAUGA